AUGGGAGACCUUUGUACUAGACUCUUUACAUAUUCUGCUGCGCUUGAUUGCUUUUAUCAAACUAAUCAUAUCUUAUCUUCUGACACAACUAGUGAUAAUUACAUGGAGGAGAACAAAGUUGUUGCUAUUGGUAAUUCUUCACAUAUUCCCGAAGAGGUUGUGUUUGAUAUUCUCGCAAGGGUUCCAUCAGUCAAGUCUCUGUUGCGAUUUAGGUGCGUUUCUAAAUCCUUUUGCUUCCUUAUAUCACAACCCCGAUUCACUGAAGCUCAUCAGAAAGGACCAAAAAACAUAAAAGUUCUCAUGGCACACCGGGCUUCUGAUGUAACUCGACACAAUUGGAAUAUUUUCACUCUCGGGAUGGACACGUCAUGGAGAGAGAUUCAAUGUUGCUUUAGAUUCUUCCCUAUAAGGAAUAAUAGUGUUCAUAUCGAUGGGGUCAUUUAUUCUAUAAACUACUAUCACAUAAGUGCAUUCAAUGUUGGAGAUGAAAAUUUUAGAAUGAUCGCAUUCCCUCCUGGGGUUUCGACGUCAAUCCUUGCAAAAUUGUCGCCAACAGUAGUGGAGAUAAAGGGAGAAGUUGCAAUUCUAGAUCGAGAGCAUUUUAAAUGA